UAACACAACACAUGUUGGUUGAUGUCAAGACAGACAAGCGCAUUUCCAGUGCCCGCAUAUGCACGAAAUGUCAGUCACCAUCCCAAGCGAAGCGAACAAGUAUGGACACACACCAUCCGCCAUCGACUGACUCGUUCAGAGCAGCCAGCCUCACGUGGCGGCAGGCAAAGGAAGGAACAGGAAGGACACGAGACAGACAAUAGGACGGAAACCUGUGCACAAGUCACUCAGUCCAGUGAAGGCUCUUUCAGCAGCGAAAGAAAUCAAUCAGCUCACACAUCGCGUCGCAUCAACAGGAGGAGCUAUGCACAAACACACACACACACACACGCACAAGUCUGUCUGCAGAGAGGAAGAGAAGAACCCCUCAACCGGACAUGCCAGGCAAUGCACAGCAAAGGAACACCCGGCCACGGGACGGCAUCCCAUCAACAGCAACAGCAACCUUUGUUUGUACACACACCAUGCAAUGAACCUCACCUCUGCGCCCCGUCAGUCCGUCCUUUGCUGGUCUGUCCUUCCCUUCACCCCCCACCCUCUGGCUUCCCCGCCCCCCCGCCCCAUGCGCUGCUCCCACGCCGCCUCUUCCUAUUGUUGCCCUUGUCACCGCCACCCCCCACCCCAACAGACCCAUCCACACCCCCGCCCCCCACCACCCCCGAGCCAGCCGUGGUGUGUCUAGCUCGUGGCCGGCUCUUGCCCUUCUUGAGCAUCUGAGCUGACACCUGCCUCUCUCUCUCCUCAUCGUCGCUAUCCUGGUCCAGCACCCGCUUCCGAAGGGAUGCCCACGCGUCGGGGGACGGAGAGGCCGACACCCGCUGCUGCUGCUGCUGCUGUUGGCGGUGCUGCUGGGCGGCGGGAGGGCCGCGUGUGGAGCGACGGGGGCGGCCGCAGUACCAGAACUGAUGGACGCACAGUGGGGAAUUGGAAGGGUGUGGUUGGUCUUUGUGUGAGUGAGUGGUUCUUCUGUGCACAUGACUAAUUGUGUACCUUACCUGCAGGAGUGUGUUGCAUCUGGCGAUCUGGGCGGUAGUGUUCUGCCGCGCCAACGCCACUAACUGAGUCAGCGACUUGCCCCUACACACACACACACACACACACUUAUCCGCCCAUCAGCAAGCAGGAGCAGGGCUUUGCUUGUACAUUAUAGCUACGCUCACCCGUCAGGGUCAUCACAGGUGACCUCGAGUACAUCAGGGCCAACGUGCACCACGCCGGCCAGCGAUGAAGUGACGCCACUUCUGCUGCUGCUGUUGCCAGUGCUGCUACUGCUGCCGGCCUCCCCCACAGCGCCUCCGUCCCUCCCGCCCCUGAGUCGUGGAGAGGUGCGCACCACCGCCCCCGAGGGAUCGGGGGGUGAGAGGGCCAGGUGACGCUUCCAGUCGUGCUUGCGGUAGAUGUAGAUGGUGUGCCGCUCCCCCGACCCCAGCAUGGUCAUCGGGAUGCGGUCCACCAGCUCGCCGGCAAGGGAAAACAAACUGACCAAAUCUGCAACCAGCAAAGCACGGGCAGGGGAAUAGAAUAAGAACACUCCACGGAGGCGCAAGGUCUGGUAUGUGUUGGGGUGGGGUCCGUCCCCUUCUGCCGUGCGCACCGUACCUGAUCUGUAUGAGGCGAAUAUGAAGGCUGUCUCUGUGCGAUUAAAGACCUUGACGAACCUGUUUGUUUGAAGCGAGAGGCACGAGGCACAUGCCCGAUGGCGGCCCGUCCCUCCUCUCGUCUCUCUCUUCGUUUCUCCCUCACUGACUCACUCACCGAUCGACGAGGAAUCCCGGCAUGGCGCAGUCGAAUGAGUAGAUGUGUGUGGUAGGCUUGAAUGACGUCAGCAAGGUGGCGUCCAGAUGCAGGAACCCAAGCCUCGCGGCAGGAGGGCUGGCCGACGGAUCUUCACCAAACUCCUCCUACCAAGACAGGGGCGCACACACACCAACAUAAGAUAGAGAGAUGCGCACAGGAAAGCGAUGCGACAAAGGCAGGCAGGCAGCCAAAUGAGCUGAAUGGCGGCGUGGCCCCACCCGCCCCCCGCCGACCCACCAGCAGUUUCUGCGCGUUUUCGAGUACGUGCAGCUGAUUGCGCAGCGCCAAAUGGUAGCUGUUGCUAUCCAUCUCAACACCAACUGCGCCACACAGAACACAUCACACAGCACACAACACACGCUUGCAGGCGUGACAAGAAUGUGGUGCCUGCCUGUCCCCCCACUACUAACGAGAUGCGGCCACGUCAAAGUGGCAUGCAGCGACUAUGUUGGGGACGCCCCGGCCGGAGCCAAUGUCCAGCACCACCGAAUUCUGCAUCACAUCAACCAACACACGACACGCAGCGCAGCAGGCAAUUGACAAAAGGAUGGAUGUUGUGUGUCGGCUCGGCUAGCUGUGUGCUGACUGACCCUGCCGAGAUGGUAUUUAUCUUUGAGGCAGCUGAACAGCGCCAGCAGCGACUGCUCGCUGUUCUCACCGUACAUCCCUGACAUGACAUGGCAACAAGAGAACCACUGGCAGUAGGACACCUUUUUCGCCCCGGCCCGGCCCGGCCCCGCCCGCCCCGCUCUCUCUGACCCAUGCCUUGCCUACCCUCGUCAGAGGUCAUGAUGAGUGCACUGUUAGAGCGGAACAGCACCUUAUGACUGUACAGCGACGUGUUGAACCUGGGGGAGAAAAGACCACACACACAGGAAGGACAACACACACACAGGAUACACACACAUAUGAGGCGGCUUGCAGUGGGCGGCCGUCGAGGUGUGCGCUCACUCCUUGAGGGAGCACUGUUUCUUCGACUUGGACAUCCUCCCGACGCGACAACGUCACCACCAGGGCCGGGCUCACGCGUGAGCACCCGAUUACUCGCAGCCCACAGGUUUUGGCUGCAGAGCCCCUCCUGCACCGUUUCCACUACACCGCUAAGCCGAGAAAGAGCCAAGGCCUCAUUUCGG